AUGACUGGAGUCUUUGACAGCCUUGUUUCAGAUAUGCAUUCAAACCAGAUUACCUCCAGCAGUUACCAGCAGCAGCAGCAGCAGCAGCACCACAGCUUGCAUAAGCCCCAGGAAUCUCCCACUCUGCCUGUGUCGACCGCCACCGACAGCAGCUACUAUACCAACCACCAACAACAGCACAGUGGUGGAGCUGGAGGAGGCACGGGCAGCAACGGAAGCAGUGGGUCGCCCUACGCCCAGAUGGGCUCUUACCAGUACCACCCGAACGGCAUCGGUGCAGUGCCCUACUCCACCAAAGCCGGGAGUUACGACCUGGGAUACUCCACCUCCUACACCUCCUAUGCACCCUAUGGGACAAGGACGCCACCAAUCAACAAUGAGCCCGAAAAAGAAGAGGGUGAGCCCGAGAUCCGAAUAGUAAAUGGGAAGCCAAAGAAAGUACGGAAGCCGAGAACCAUCUAUUCCAGUUUUCAGUUGGCAGCCUUACAGAGACGAUUCCAGAAGACCCAAUAUUUGGCACUGCCCGAGAGAGCGGAGUUGGCAGCUUCGCUAGGCCUCACCCAAACUCAGGUGAAGAUCUGGUUCCAGAACCGCAGAUCCAAAUUCAAGAAGAUGUGGAAAAGCGGUGAAAUCCCAGCGGAUCAGCAGCGGGUCGGCAGCUCCUCUCCUCCUUGCGCCUCACCUCCUGCUUCAGCCACCCUCGCCUGGGACUUUGCUCCCCACCCGCAGCGAAUGAGCAGCGGCGGCGGCGGCGGCAGCGGGAGCAGCGCCGGUUCGAGCCCUGGCACUCCUAGCGGAGCCGCCGCUUUCCUGGGUAACUACUCGUGGUAUCACCAGGCGUCCAGCGCCGCAGCUUCCCAUCUGUCAGGAGCUUCCCCGAUCCUGCAGCAAGGGCAGUCUCACCAGCAUCACCCCCAUCUUCAUCACGCCCAUCACCAUGGCGCGGCUGUGAGCACAGGGACUAUUUUCUAACCCCAACUUACUCUCCAAGGGACCGCGUCUAGGGUGGAGAGAAGGAAGGCUCCCUCCCCCUCCUCUUUCCGGUGUAUCUCUCCCACCCCCGUCCC